CACAAAACGAGAUGGUGGGCCAGAAGCGCAAGAAGUCAGCAGUUGCCGCCGAGGUCGACGACGAACUCAAGGAGAAGCGGCGUGUUCAAUGGAAACUAAACCAGCGAAACAGUCGUCAAAAGCGAACUAACUUGGCCAGCACCCUCACAAAGGAGAACAGCGACGCAGCCGACGCCAUCGAGGCGCUAGAGCGUCGGUUGGAAGCGCUCGCCGGCAGUGCCGUCGUCGCGCGGGAGCCCAUGUCCGUGUUCCGCGGCAACGCGGCCGUGCGGAUCAUCGAUGAGUACUACCAGGUGUUCCAGAACGGUUUCGCCACGUGUCCCGUCCAGCAGCAGUUCCAGUACGACUUUGUGCGAAAGAUCAUGACGACGUCCACGAGUUUUAUGAACGCGCAAGGCGCCGAGAGCGUCGUGAACCAGUGGCGCCUCAUGACGACAUCCCACCACUCCCUUCGCAUCCGACCACUCAGUUGCGAGUACAUGAAGGAGGAAGACGGCGUCGUGGUCCGCGCCGUGUCCAGGUACAUCGUGCGCAUCUCAAGAAACACGCUGGAAACGCUGUAUCCGCAUGUGCUGAGUCGGGAGGCCCUCGUCCAGCACCUCGUCGGCCUCGAGGUGGACGCAUUGGACACGGUCCACUCGUACUUUGACGGGGACGGCCGCAUCAUCCGCCACGACGUCGUGAUCGACUUUGUGAACCCGCUCAUCAAACUCCUCGGGAACGUCGACCUCGCCGCGGAGGUGCUCAAUGGCGCCCACUUGGCAGACAACGGCCUCGUGGACAUUGAACGGAACGACAAGCGUGCGCAGAAGGCACUGCUGCAUGGGGAUGUCGGCCGGCCGUUUCAUGGAGGCCAACGAGCCGAUCUCGCGAUGCUGCUGUCAUCCGGUCUCUGACAACAGCACGGCGACACUUUUUAUAACUAUAUUAACACCAAAUUCGACCUAGCAGCAACAAACAUGCUUGAUCGUGGCAGGUUAGCCUAAAAUUCGCGUACG